AUGGAUCUCCGAGGAAGAGCCUUUUCCAGCGUCUAUAGACUUCGAGUUCUCCUGAUGCUGUUCCAUACAACGGCUGGAAUCAUGGCAGAACAAGAAGUGGAAAAUCUCUCAGGCCUUUCCACUAACCCUGAAAAAGAUAUAUUUGUGGUGCGGGAAAAUGGGACGACGUGUCUCAUGGCCGAGUUCGCAGCCAAAUUUAUUGUCCCUUAUGAUGUGUGGGCCAGCAAUUAUGUAGAUCUGAUCACCGAACAGGCCGACAUCUCCCUGACCCGAGGAGCUGAGGUGAAGGGCCGCUGUGGCCACAACGAGUCGGAGCUGCAGGUGUUCUGGGUGGAUCGCGCGUAUGCGCUCAAAAUGCUGUUUGUAAAGGAAAGUCAUAAUGCAUCCAAAGGACCCGAGGCGACGUGGAGGUUGAGCAAGGUCCAGUUUGUCUAUGACUCCUUAGAGAAGACCCAUUUUAAAGACGCAGUCAGUGCCGGGAAGCACACGGCCAACUCACAUCACCUCUCUGCCUUGGUCACCCCAGCUGGGAAGUCCUACCAGUGUCAAGCUCAGCAGACCAUUUCACUAGCCUCCAGCGAUCCACAGAAGACAGUUACCAUGAUUCUGUCUGCGGUACACAUCCAGCCUUUUGACAUCAUCUCUGAUUUUGUCUUCAGUGAAGAACAUAAGUGUCCGGUGGAUGAGCGGGAGCAGUUGGAGGAAACCUUGCCCCUGAUUUUGGGGCUCAUCCUAGGCCUCGUCAUUGUGGUAACACUGGCGAUUUACCACAUCCACCACAAAAUGACUGCCAACCAGGUGCAGAUCCCUAGGGACCAAUCCCAAUAUAAGCACAUGGGCUAGGGGCCAUUAGGCAGGGAGCCCCCAAAUCCCCCUAUCCCGGCUGGGUCAGGUAGAGAAACAAAAGCACUUUUCCACCUUGUACAUGGGAUACACCAACAUAGCUACAAUGCAACAGGCCUGGGUGUCCAAGG